AUGUUUGGCAGUGGCGCAGAUGCAGCGGUACAACAGCCGACGUUGACGUGGCCGCGUGUCGUCUCCUGCCGCUACUUCUGCUUCCACUGCGGAGGCGACACUUGCUCGAUCUUCCAGCAGGAAUACUACAGAAGCCUGGAACUGGGAGGAGUCCAGUCACUUCAGGGCUUCCCCCACUGCUGCCCGGAGCGCUAUUCCGUCGGUUCCAAUUGCAGCUCUUCGCUGCAUCUUCUCGUGACCUUUUCGGGCGACGCUACCGCGCUUCGACAGAGCGAUGAGCUGGCUGUUUGCUGUAGGUUUGAGCCCGUGGCUUCGGAGUCCGGCCCGUAUGGGUCAUCGCUCACAGUAGGGGAGAUGGUGCUGAUGCCUACUGCUGAUCCAUCGAGUCCAUUGCCGUCUGCAAAUUGGUUCGUCGGCAAACAGGAGAGCGAGAACAACCAACGCAAAUUUCCAAAGAGCGCGAUCGUCUACGUCUUCAACGACUACCACCAUCAGCAGGGGAAGUGGAGGCUUAUGGAGGACGAAUCCGCUCUUGGUCCACGUGUAAUGAGGGAUCAACUUGUGGUUUAUGUGCUCCAACCUCGGUCUCGCAGCUACGUUGGACAAUUUCAAGGCGAACGACUCAUCUAUCGCGCACCAGGAGUCCUCUCGACUGUCAUAUAUCGCUCUCCAUCCCCACCGUUCAAGAUCUUACCUUGCAGCUCUCUGCGUAAUCAGGUGCAACAUAGCGCUAUGGACUCGUCUUGCCAGUCUAAACGUCGACGUUCGUCUCAAGGCAUUGAACAUUUUCGUUUGGAAACUACAGGAGUUCCAUCCGGCUGGUCAACAGCCUCGUUGAGUCCGGCAAAUGAGCCUGGAAGUCCAAGAGAGUAUGCCUGGCAACUGAACCGCCACGUUUCGGAGCUCUCCUUCAGUGACAAAAUGUUGCAUCUGGCGAUUCCUCUGCUCUUCCUGGAGUUUACGCCAUUGUGCGCUGUCGGAAGUUGUUUUGAUCACCACGAUGAUGGUUUAUCUUCACAGCGGGAAGGUGGCUCUGCAUCGGCAGCUCGAAUGACGUUAUGGUCCAACGUUCAGCACGUCGUAUCUGAAGCGUUUAACUCAUCGGAUGAAUGGUUCUUGCCUGAAGAUCGCAGCGUAGUGCAGGAAAGUAUCCACCUACUGCUGGAUGUGCUGACGUCUUCAUCGAUUCGCCAACUGAUAAGCUCAACAUUCACUACCACCCCAGAACUCGAUUCGGCUGUGGCCGGGCUCGUCGAGAUUCCGACCAAGCAGCAAUUCCAAGAACGUUUCUACGAUUUUGUUGGAAAUCUGUACGAGGCCAUGGUGAUGUUGCGCAGUCAUGAAAACGAAGACUUAUCUCUCCGCAUUGCUGAGCUCUCAAGCAAAUUGCUAAGAGUGAUCUACGAGCGCGCUCCAUUUCGACCAUUGCAGAAGCUGAUCUCAGAGAUGCUACUGAAUCGAUCGCUGGUACCAGUGACUCUCGCGCUCCAAACCUUCACAGCCCAACUCCGGGAAAUGUAUGUCACGUACUGGAAAAAGCUGACGGACCAACGAUCCAGAGUCUACGCAUUUCCCGUAAGUCUGAGCGGACUUGUAAACCAGGAGGGUAUCUCUUACUUGCAUAGCUGGAAUGGUCGGUGGGUGAUGGAUGCCGAAACAACUCGUGUAGUUCCGUACGACAAUGCAGCGAGCGGAGGGGUCUUGAUUUGGAUGUUGUGCAUCCAGCAGCUCGCAACCGUCGACAUUCAAAUAUCUAGUCCACUUCACGAUGGUGGCGGAUACAAAGAGUCCUGCUUUCUUGCAAUUGACACCGCACCACUUGAGUCAACGGAUAUCUCGACAACGACGCCGCCAGAUGGAAUGCACCUAGUGCUGGAUGGUCGCUUCCGUGUGUUCCGCACACUUCCCAACGGUAUCUCGUCGCUUGCGGCGAGUCUUGCUGGUCGGUGGGACAUUGGGGACUAUGUUGGUUCCUUCUUGUCGGACGCACACGAUGGUUUCGAGCUGCAGUUCUUCGCGCUUGGCCACGGAUCCGUUGGAAGUGGAUCUCAAAACACUGGAAAAUCGACGGCACACGCUCCACCACAGUGCAUCAGCGUGUACAGACUCGAGUUAACGCUAGUGAUUGGGGACGAACGCCUCCCAGGACAAACCCAGCGCAAACUCAAGGUCCAAGGAAAUAUCUCAGUCGCAGCGCUUUCCACUGAUCGAAGGACGCUGGCGGAUAUGUCUUCUUCGGCUCGGGGUGCCAAGUUGACGGCACUGUACUGGGUCCCAGUGAUGGCGCUUCACAGCCGCUAUACAUGUAAACCUGCUGAGAUCGAGUACAUCGUGAGCCUAUAA